GUUUAUCGUUAUGGACGCGAUGUGACAUGCCGAAUUUUUGUUGUCUAAUGAAAUAACCAAUAAAAGGAAAAGAAAUCAGGGAAUCUCAUUACAGAUAUCUGGGUAUCCUGUCGUUAUCUCGCUAGCGUUCGUUAGGCCUAUUCCCCGUUCAAGAAAGUCGCUGUUGGAUUGUAACGCUCCGAAAUUUCGCUUAAUAAGUCAAUACAUCCAAAAUGUCUAUUCCCGAAGGCGUCGACAGAGAUUCCAUGAUGACACAAGCACAGAAUAUCUGGACCAUGCUUGACGAAAUGUCUGAGAGAGAUCCUCAGGCCUAUAAAAAGUUCAUUGAUAAACACAUGAAGGAGGGAAAAGAAUACAUGAAGCCACCAGAACCCCACAUGUGUGUCAUGACAAUGACCACAAACACGAAAGGAAGGUAUUUUAUUAAUUUUUGUUCAUGGAAUAAAGUCCCCGAACCAAAGACUCCAGAGGAUGCCAUACCAGUCAUUGGUACACCAGUACUGCAAGACAAGGAUGAAAAUGGUGAUUUUUCAUAUUCAGGAGUUGCAUUCAAUCCCAAGAUUUUGGAGGAAUUUGGAAUUGAUUGUAAAAACUCGUUAGAUCGAAAUACUCUCAUAAAUUUGGCUAUUGACUAUAUUCUUCAUCAAAACAAAACUGCUCUUUCUAGAAGCUUUUCAAUUUUACCAUCUACAUCAUUAUCUAAAGGCAAUCUUCAAGUUUUAAUGAAGGCAUUUCAAGGAAAGAACAAAAAUGCAGAUGAUGAAUUUGAUGACCAUUUGUCAGAGAUGGAGAAGACUUUUGGUUUACAAGGACUUGGUGCCAAGGAUUCCCUUUUGAACAAGUUAGCAAACUUGUCUACAGAAGAAAGUGUACAGGAUAAAAAUGCACCAAAUAUUCAACUACCAGGAUUAGGAAAGGAAGAAACCAAGAAACAGAAUCUCAUUCAGGAAAUGAAUUCUGGCAAUUCAGAACAAGUCUGUGAGACUGAAGAACCUGAUUACAAAAUGGAAGAAAAGUUUAAUGGAGAGGAUUUGGAGAAAUUGACAUUGACAAUAAAAUUACCUGGGGUCAACAAAGUAUCUGAGUGUGAAUUGGAUAUUUCUGAGGAUGACAUAGAUUUGACUGUGGAGGAUCGUUACCAUUUAAACCUUUCUUUUCCGUACCUCAUUAACGACACGAAAGCAUCAGCAAAAUUUAACAAGAACAAUUCCUCCCUUAUUAUAACUUUACCAGUGCAGACAUGAGGAAGAGACAAGAGUACACCAAUGUGUACAAAUUUCAUUGAAUAUUUGUCAGUCAUUAUUAUUUUCAUCAUUUUUUUCCGAAUGUUUCAGUUUGUACAUGUUUACAAAUAAAUUAAAAAACUGAGAACACCAUUUAUUGACCUAUUUUUUCCAUUCAUUCUGUAAUCAGUAUAUAUACCCAUUUAAUGAAAUAUAUACAGCUGAACUUCGAUAUCUGGAAAACAAUGGAUAUGUCGGAGUGAUUUGUAAGUCCCAACCACUUAUUUUUCAAGUAUUUUACCUUUAAUAUCUCUAAUAUCUCAAAGUUUUUAAACAGUCCCAUUUAGUUCGAGAUAACAAAGUUUGACUGUAUAAUGUUUUCCUCAAUAUUUCAUUUUUUUUCCAUUAGAAAAAUACAUGAUGUGCAUGUACUUGUAUGAUGUCCAUGAACAGUUCUUGUGAAAGAAAAAAUUGUG